AAGACUUCUGCAGGCCUCUCAUUCUACUGUAAGAUGGGAAAUCCUUUGGUCCGAGGCACCUACAAAGGUGACCGGUCCCCAGGCUCGGCAGUUCACACCAUGUAUCAAACAGAUAAACUUCCCCACAAACUUAAUCCGACUGGAAGUGAACAGCUCCCUGCUGGACUAUUACACUGAACUGGAUGCAGUAGUACUGCAUGGUGUGAAAGAGAGACCUGUGCUUUCACUUAAGACUUCAAUGAUUGAUAUGAAUGAUAUUGAUGAAGAUGAGGAUGAAGAGAAGUAUGGCUGUGGAAUGGACACUCUUAAUAAACAGUUCAACAUUGUUGCCCUCAGGGAAUGGCCGACUAACGGAUAUUUUGAUAAACUGCCUUAUGAGCUCAUCCAGUUGAUUUUGAGUCACCUUACAGUACCAGACCUGUGUAGACUAGCGCAAACUUGUAAGCUACUAUAUCAACAUUGCUGUGAUCCUCUACAGUACAUUCAUCUCAGUUUACAACCUUACUGGGCAAGGAUUAAUGACACAUCUCUGGAAUACCUACAGUCUCGCUGCACUCUCAUCCAGUGGCUGAAUUUAUCUUGGACUGGAAACAGGGGAGCCAUCUCUGUUUCUGGAUUUAGCAGAUUCUUGAAAGUUUGUGGCUCUGAACUAGUACGUCUUGAGUUGUCUUGUGGCCAUUUCCUCAAUGAAACAUGCUUGGAGGUCAUUACUGAAAUGUGUCCAAAUCUUCAGGAACUAAAUCUCUCAUCAUGUGACAAAAUACCACCUCAGGCUUUCAACCACAUAGCCAAAGUGGGCAGCCUAAGGCGUCUCGUUCUCUACCGAACAAAAGUGGAGCAAACAGCCCUGCUCAGUAUUCUGAACUUCUGCUCGGAGCUGCAGCACCUCAGCCUGGGCAGCUGCGUCAUG